UCAAAUUAAGAUGGCGGCCGUCGCUAUAGAGAGCCGUUUGCAAUUACAACAUCUGUUCAAAGACAUAUCUCCGAAGUUUGACCGCACAGAGUCAGAAAAUGUUGUGCAAUCUUUGAAAAAUAAUUAUGGAGGCAAAUUUAAUUCGCUAAGAAGUCAAGAUUUAUUGCAAUGUUUACAACUUCUUGCGAAGCAUGGCUAUGUGUCUGGAGGCAAAGUGAAACUAAUUGAAGACUACGUUGCUCCGAAAUCGAGCAAAGAAGAACUGAUCAAAGAAGCUAUAAGGAGGUUCAAGGCCUCUCGUCCAGCUGUUAAAGAGGAGGAAUUUCAAGGGCGGGACGAUGACAUUAAGGAGAUCACCAAAAAACUGGAGUCAAAAGAGGUCCCAGUUUUAAACUUGUUUGGGUCUUCCGGUGUUGGAAAGACAAGACUCGCCAACGAAGUUUGCUCACAGUGGCGAGGAAAUUAUCGAGUCUUUGAUCUUAGAGAAGUUAAGAGUAUAAAAGCGAUGUAUUACCACAUCCUUAGUUCCCUUGACCUUUCUGUUCCAGUCGGUUUCGUGAACCUGAACUAUGUUGUAAAAAAAGUUCACGAUAAGAUCAAAGAUUUGAAAAGUGGGGGGCAUUCCGUUCUGUUCUUGCUCGAUAAUGUGGACCGGUUUGCCACAGGACAAGAAAUGGAUAGGAAGAGCCUAAAAAAAGACUUUGUACAGUUCCUCGAACAACUUUUCGAACUUGAUGGCAAAGGAGAAAGAUGUGCAUUAAAGCUGCUGCUCACAUCGAGGAUUGAGUUCACAAAUGCCAAACUGGUGGAUAAUUUUAAAGUGAAGUCUCUAAAAACGUCAUCUUCAGAGAAAAUUCUUUUUCCUGCGGGAUCAACUGGUGUUCAAGUCCACCAGAAAGAUAAUCUAAUCGGCAUCUCCAAAGGAUUCCCAAUUGUUCUCAAAGGAAUGGGUGCUAUUUUGCGCCAGGAAAGAAAAUCUGCCGAUGACCUUAUUGCUGAAGUUGCUGCUACUCCGAAGAAAUCAAAAGUGCACGAGGAUGCUGAAGAAAUGUCAGUUAGUUUUGAAGAAGAAGGAGUUGAUGCAGGUCAGAUAUCUGUAAUUAGAGAAAUGUUUGCUACACUUCCAAGUGACCGUUUAAAAGUGACUGCAGUAGUAAUUUCCUUGUUUCAUGGGCCAUUCUCUGUGGCAACAGCUUCCGAAGUUCUCGGUAUUGACCAAUCAGAGGCUCUUGCACAGCUAGAGGGUCUUGUGGCCAGUGCAAUAAUUUCUGUAGUCGAUGAAGAAGCAAAAGAGAGGAAAUAUGACAUUCAUCCACUCUUACAAAAGUAUGCUGACAGUAUCAAGAGUGACGAACACUUUUCCGCAGCCUACAUGAAAGCAAAGGGACGCUAUUACGAACUCUUUAUGUCCAGGAUGAAGAAAAUAGCGAAACUUAUAGAUCCCGAGUAUGUCAAAGCAUUUCAUUUGUUUGACACUGACAGGGCAAAUUAUGAGUUUGUUCUUGAGAUCUCCUUACAACCAGAAUAUUUCAAAGUUCCAGGUGAAUUUCAUGAGAAUGCUUUGAUUGCAUCACUUUUCAUAGCAAUGCUGACUGAACGCAAAGUAGUUACCCUGUUUCAUUCCUGGGCUGAGAUGUGUGAAGAUGAUGGAAAAUCAGGUUCUCUUGGUAGAACACAGCUUAAGUGCUGGGAAGCCUUGCAAGUUGCAGACAUUCAUGGAACAGAGAAAGGAUUUGAAGUACUGAAGGAUGCUUUGGGUUCAAUGGAGAAAGUUGAAGAUCAAUCCACUGACACUUUCAAGCUCACUAAAGCCCUUUACUUGCACACUGAAGGUGAAAUCCUUUGGAGAAACAUUGAUUACAAGAAAGCUCUUGAAAGCUUGCAGUUGUCCUUGACAUUCUCAGAGGAGCUGCUAAAAGAGCAUACAGAUUUGGCAAGGUGCUACAAUGCUGUUGGAAAUUGUUACUCCCGCCUUAACCAGCCAAUGGAAGCACUUGAGUUCUAUGAAAAAGCCUACAACAUGCAAAAGAAAUUGGCUGGCUCUGAGUAUCAUGUUGAUAUGCCAAUGUACAAGCACCAAAUUGGCACAGCAUAUGAGGGUCUCCAAAAGUAUGACAAGGCGGUUGAAUAUUACAGAGAUGCAUUGAGACUUCUGGAAGAACUCAAUCUUUCAGGUUUAGGCGAUGAAGCGCACUUUUGCAGAGAAAUUGCCAAUGCCCUUCUGUGGCAGGGGAAAUAUUCAGAAGCAGCUGAACCUGCAAUGCGUGCUUACAACAUUAGGAAGAAACUUCUCAAAAAUCACCCACUUACUGUGCGCAGCAUUUUCCAACGAGCUAUCCUUCAGCACUGCUUGCGAGAUUAUGAGGGAGCCUUGAAACUUUACCUCGAAGCAUGGGAGAUGGAGAAGUCACUUGAUGUUGGGAACCACAGUGAGGUGUGGCAAAAAAUUAUCACUGGUGUGGAGGACAUGUGUGACUUUUUGAAGAAUGGAGAAAAGAAACAAACAUUUAGAAAAGAUGCUUUGAAGUUUUGUAAACAGUUUUGGAUAGAAAAGAAAAAGUCUCCACGAUUUGCUUUUAUUGAUUCUAACAAGGACAUUAUUGAUACCUUGAUGGAUCUUGUCAGUGAUGAGAAUGACAAGUAUGAAUUGCAAAAAGAACAGCUUUGGUUCUAUGAGGGUAUGUACAAUGCCACCAAGGAAGAACUUCAAAAGGACUGUGACCUGGAAACUGAAAGUGAUACACUUCACUACAUGUUGGAAGAAAUGACCAAGCUUCUCAACCAAAUGAUACACCUUUGUCAUCAACUUCAGGAUAACAAACGGGAGGAACUAUACACAAAUGAAUUACAGGCUGUAAAAGAUGGGAGAGUUCCAGAGGUGACAUCACACUCAAAAGCUCCAGAAGAAGAGAAGUCACUUGAGGUGGAAGAAUUUUCCUCCAGAUCAACUGAUCAAGACGUUCGCCAGAAGGAGGAGGCUGCAAGAAAAGUGGAUGAAAGAAAGACUGUCAUCAAGAGAGGUAAAAUUGCAGACGAGUCAGAGACUUGGAAUCUUGCAAAAGCUGGUGCAUCCAUCACAUUUAACCUUGGAGCGAUAACAAAAUCCUUGACCAUAACAUGUUCAUUAUGGACCCCCGCAGCCCUUUCUCCGCCCAUUGGUAGUAAUGAGCUCUUGGUAAGCAAUGUGAUUGAACUGUCUCAUGAUGGCCCACCUGAUCUGGAGUUCAUGGAAAAUGCUUCGGGAAGCAUAAAUGUAGCUUUGUUGCACAGUGCCUCUAACUUCAAAGGGUACGAGGUGGUUAUAAAGCAGUUGGUUGACCCCGAAUACAACGAGUGGGAGGAUUUGGAGACAAAAAACAUUUGGCAUUCGUCAGUACAUCCAACCGUCCCCAAUUGGACGUGCCCUUCCGCUGAAGCUUCUUGCUCGAAAAGGUGGUUUUCCUCGUUUGCAGCAGUCUGGCGCCUCAAGUCUUUUGUCUUUCCUAAGCCUACGUCUAAGACCUCUGAGUUUAUCUGUUCACUGCCAGACUAUCCAAAUGUUAGUGUUGCGAUUCCAUGGAAUUCUUUGCCUGCCGAUACAGACUUUUCUUUAACUCUAAAGGUGCAAGAAGCGCCAACCAUCGACCACGAUGUGGAAGGAAUGUUUGUUGGUCCGAUUCUUCACAUUUCGUGCUCAAACAAUGUGAAGCUGUCAGUGCCAGCGAAAAUCAGCCUCCCGUUGGCACUCACGGACGGUGAAAUAGAGCCAGCGGAGCUGCAUUCAGGUCAAGUGAAGAUACUACAUUUCAAUUCGAGAGAGGAAUCACAAGAAUGGACGGAUAUCACAGAUCAUUUGGAUAUGCCUGUAGUCCUUAGAGAUGGAAUAGUGACGUUUCAAGUCAAAACUUUCUGCCGGUUUUGGCUUUGGUUGUUGAAGACGUCCACCAGCAUUCCAUGGAAAUGGGUCAGGAUCCUACAGCGUGGAUUCAUGCAACAACACGCUGGGUUUUUAGCUUGCUUAUGUGAGGAUACAGUAUCCUUGAGAUACUUGCUGAAAAUGCUUUGUUUUCCGCAGCACCUAAGGUCCAGGUUGAAUAGCGAUAUUUCUUCAAGAUAUUUUGUGAAUAUGCAAGGAGAGGGAACCUCGCAGAAACCUCUGUCAUGCGGUGAUGAGACAUAUGUGUCUCUUUCAAAUGGAUUUGAAGUGCAUGGAAAGGGAAAUGUAGAGGACAUCGUCUUAAAGUUUCUUGGUCACGAACCUUUUGAGCAGAAUCUGCGUGUUAUUAUUAAAGACCCGGGUGAUCUGCAAGUCGACUUCCUAAAAUUGCUGGGAGACAAGGAGAGAAAAAAUUCCCCAAUAUUAUGUCAAGUGCCCAUCAUUCCAAGAUCUCCAGUACAGCAUCCUGCUCCUGUCACCUUUGAUUUUGAAGAAAGAAUUGGUAUUUCCGCUCAAAGUGUGAAAGAUUCAAGUGCAAAGCAACCAACUGUGGAAUCAUCGUCAUGCAGCCCUGUUGCAGCUCCUAAGAAGAGGAAACGCCAAUCAGUUAUCCAUGAGGUUAAAGAUGGUGAACCAUCAGAUUGCGAGUUAGAGGAACUGUCUCUGGAACUUGGAGAAAAAUGGGAGGAAUUAGGAAGACGCCUGGGAUUCAACCAAGCUGCAAUAACUAACUUUGAUGAAGACAAUAAUAAGUUGGCAAAGAAGGCUUUUAAAAUGUUAAUGGCUUGGAAACAAAAAGAAGGCUGCGAGGCCACUUACACAGCUUUGUACGAUGCCUUGCGUCACAAAUUGGUGAAAUGUAAUCGUCUAGCAGAACUCUUUUGUUGCGAAGAAAUUGAAGACAAUGCCUCUCCUUAGUCUAAAUACUGAGUCGUUUCUGUAUUAUGCUAUGUGUCUUUGUGAGUACUCCAAAGAGCGUCUGUGUCAAGCAUUCGCGCUCAAUAAGUUGUUCAUUUUCCUUGCGCUGGAAGAUUGGGAUAAAAUUAUCUUUAGAGAAUAGAUAUUUACUCGUAUUUUUUGCACUCAAGAACCACUGGCUAAAGAACACUGAGGUCGGAAUUCUCUCCGAUGUCCAGAACGACAGAGUUCAACAACAUUUGUGCAAGCGUUAGACUUGCGCGGAAAACGGAUUUUGAGUCGUUUGCACGUUCUUUUUUCUCACCUGUUGCCUCGAGGCGUUGUUUCCUUGCCGCUUUUAUUUUAUAGAACAACUUCCAAAAAAUUUGUACACCCCCUAAAUAGUUUCAAAAUGUAAUUUUCUUCUUAAAAACACUGGAAACAGGAAAUUCCUUCAACGACAACAAAAUGCCUCGAUUUUAAAUUCCAGCCCUUAAUUUCUCUGCAAAUUUCGCUGAAUCUUAACCUCGAGCGCUUGAGCCCGUGACGUAGCAUUUCGUUAUUCAGCUCUGUUUUCCAGAACGUGUUAAGCACAUUACCGCCGUGAAGCAUCUUAUUUAAUACCUAACGGCUUGACUUUAGAAUGCAUUUUCUCCUUACCAUUCUGUUCAUUUCCUAAGGAACAGACAUGGAAAAUUGGUUUAACAAUCAAGAACUUCCUAAGUUUUUCUGUGCUAAUUCACCUUACAAUAAAACAACCACAAAACACAA